AUGGCCCAGCAAAAAGCGGCGGAUCGCCUUCGUGUGAUAAUUGUUGGAGGUUCGAUUUCUGGGCUGACACUGGCUCACUGUCUCGAGCUCAAUCCCAAUGUCGAGUACGUUCUUCUGGAGGGUAGGGAUGACAUCCAUCCAGAAGUCGGCGCAUCUAUUGUGAUUCUCCCGAAUGGUUCGCGCAUUCUCGACCAAUUGGGACUUUUAGACGAUGUUUUGGAAGUUCAAGAGUCUUUGGUACAGACCCUGACCUGGACUGAGAAAGGCGAGCUCUUGGCUAGCAGUGAUGCGCCAGCUUUGAUGAAGAAGAGGACCGGAUAUGCUAUGGCCUUUUUGACUCGUCGCAAUCUGUUGAAAGUUCUGUAUUCCAAUAUCAAAGAUAAGAGCAAAGUCUUGACCUCAAAGCGCGUGACCGAUGCUCAGGUCUCGAAGUCCGGAGUUGUCGUUACAUGCAAAGAUGGCUCGUCUUAUGAUGGCGAUAUUGUUGUCGGGGCAGACGGCGUUCAUAGCGCUGUGCGUGGCAUGAUGCAAGAAUAUAUUGAUUUAUUGCAACCUGGAGCUGCUGAGAAAGAUAGGAACAGUAUCUCGGCCGAAUAUACCUGCAUCUUCGGGCUUGGAAAGUGGCCUGACGGUAGCGCAUUGACUGUUGGCGAUUCCCACAGAACAUAUGGUAAAGACCACUCAACAUUGUCAUUCGUUGGAAAAGACAAUGUACUUUACUGGUUCUUGUUUUCGAAGCUCGAUAAGAGAUAUCAUGGAAAGGAGAUGCCUCAAUUUUCCACAGAAGAUAUGGUUGACGGAGUCAAACCAUUCACGAACAUGCCGAUGACUCCUGAACUUACGUUUGGCAAGGUCUGGGAGGCCCGAACGUUUGCAAAUAUGGCAUGCCUUGAAGAGUCCCAGAACGAGAAUUGGGUCGCGGAUCGCAUGGUCUGUAUCGGAGAUUCUACUCACAAGGUCAGGGGUAACGCAGCGAUCGAAAGUGCAGCCGCUUUUGCAAAUCACAUUGCUAAGCUACCUCGGAAUCCUUCCCAGGCUACGAUCCGCAAAGUCCUCGACGACUUUUACAUCAAGCGAAACUCCCGUGUCAACUUGGUGUGUGAUGUUGCGAAUAAGCUGACUCGGAUCGAAACACUCGAUACUAUUGGAGACAAGAUUAUGGCACUGUACGUAGUGCCAAAGUUGGGGGAUGCCCUUUGGGAUCUGACUUGUGAGACCAUCAUGGGAGCAGAGAGUAUCGAGUCUCUGCCAUUGCCAGCACGAUCGCAAGAAUCAACCAUGGCAUGGGAUCCUGAGACUGGCAUUGGAAAGAAGGAGAGCGUUUUGACGAGAGCGUUGUGGGCAUUGCCACUGUUAGGUGUAACAUAUGCCUGCCAGAAAACCAUGUGGCAGAGCAUCAGCAAGCUCACACCGUUGGCUGCAAAUGCAGGAAGCCUGAAUUUGGGUCAAGGUGUUGUGACAACACUUGUCUCCAAGUUUUUCAGCAUUUCCGUUCUCGACAGCGUGCUUUCCAAACUCGUUGGUCUCUUCACCCCAGCCAUCUCAGGCUUAGAUCCCGUAGGCAGGCUCCAAGCCAUUGCCUUCCUUGCAGAUAUGGUCCCCGUUCAGACCAUCUGGCUCAUUGAGUCCAUCCGACGUGGUAAUCUCACUACAACAUCUUACCUGCUGCACACUCUACUUUCUGCAUCAUACCAAGUCAAGGGUCUUGGUUUCAUCGCUCCGAUCUACUAUUUCCUUCACUACGUUCAGUCGCCGCUGUCGAUGUACGCUGCGCCAGACAAUCGUCUCACAAACAUGGCUUCUGCCAAGGUCAUCAUCCCCACCAUCGCAACAUCAUUUAUCCUCCCAUCAGUCGCUAUGCUUGCAGCUCCUGGAAUAGCCAACAGGCAAUGGAUCAACGGCAUCUUCUUCCAACCAUUUCCACUUUACGCAGCUCUCAUCCACCGUCUCUUGGUCAAGAUUGUCAAGGACACAACCCAAGUAGACAGGAUAGAGAACGUGACAGCGGAUAUGAACUGGCUUCGACUCGCGUAUGGGUUCGCAACAGCGACUGCUGCCGCUGCUUACCUGUACGUGACAUUGAAAUCGCCGGUGUCGCUGAUGGAGGUGUUUUUCAAGGGUAUUUCAAACCCAUCUGAGGCUCUUCCAUUGAUCACUGGCGCCGCGAAGGUGUUCAGAUACAAUCAAAUUGCAGCCUCUACAGCUGGUGCGAUUUGGGUUUUGCUCAGCUUCAAGGAUUUGAAGACGGCGAACAAGAUACGGACGGGAUGGCCAGGCAUUGUUGGCGCGUUUGCUGGAACAACACUAAUCGCUGGCCCUGGAGCUGCUAUGGCCGCAUGUGGGCUUGGAGGGAGGAAUGUCUGGCGAAGAAGGAGGCUAGUGAAACAAAGAAGACAAAGUGAGAGAUGA